AUGAUAGAUACAUCUAGCAAUACUGGUUUGGAACAAUGGAUCAAGGAAAAGAGCAAAGAAGAAUUGCUCAGUUGGGUACAGGAUGUUGGAAGGAAAAAUGGUUUUGUGUUUGUCAUCAAGACAUCAGACUAUGGUAGUGGUCAUAGGACACCAAGGAUAUGUCUUGCCUGUGAGAGAAGUGGUCAAUACAGAGCUCAUAAGAAAUUAAGAGAUGAUUCAAACAAAAAAAUUGUGAAGAUAACGGGUAUAAAGAAAUGUGGGUGUCCUUUUGAGUUGUGGGCUCGGAGAUUAUCUGAGGAGGAAACAUCAUUAUUAGUGGAUAUGUCCAAAAGCAUGGUCAGACCAACAGAGAUUUUGGUUGCGUUGAAACAAAAAGAUGCUUUGAAUGUAACCACUAUGAAAACCAUUUACAAUGUACGUCAUAGGAAUAAUGUUAUUGAGAAAGCUGGGAGAUCACAGAUGUAA